AUGGAGAAGGAUUCCGAAAGUGAUUCCGAAUCUGAACCCGAGAAGGUUGUGAUGAAGCCUUCUCUCACCGCGACAACAAAGAAGGAUUCCGAAAGUGAUUCCGAAUCUGAACCUGAGAAAGUUAUGACGAAGCCUUCUAUCGCUGCCACAACAGAGAAGGAUUCCGAAAGUGAUUCUGAAUCUGAACCCGAGAAGGUUGUGACUCGCGCUGCCACAACAGAGAAGGAUUCUAAAUCUAGCUCUCAAUCUGGAUUCAAAGAAGACGAAGGAGGAGUGUCUGUGAAGAGGGUCAAGGUCUUGUCAGUGGAGAGGAAACCAUACUUCCAACGUGUAUGGGUUGAAGAUUAUGAGAUGCAUGUUUUACAAGGUGAUGAUCCGGCAUUUGUCAAAGCUCGUGAUCACAAGACCUUUGACUUGUGUAAGCUUGUUUGGGGAGCUCCUGAAUCAGCUGUUAUUUCUAAUGGGAAGAAGUCAAAGAGUGGCAAGUCAAAGAAUGUUGAGUCUUCUUCUCUUGUUGGAGAUUUAUUGGGUUUUGAUAUGGAUGAACUUGGUGCUGAAAAAGGUGUAAGUAGGCUUUCUUCAGAGGAUAAGAAGAUAUUUGAGGAGCAGUUGAAAGCUUUGAAGACUAGCGAAUUAAACUUUCACUUGGAGAAGGCCGGGUUUCUUCAUCAACUCUUAAGAAAGGUGGAUGAAACAUCUCGUUAG